CGCACCUCCAGAAUUCUUCAGAUUUUACUUUUUCCGAUUCCAAUUGAUGCUCAGAAACUUGACUUUUUGCUUAAAGCCCGUGCGUACAUCUUCGAAGCAGUGAAAGGAGGCAAUCCAGCUAAGACUGUAGGUGUCAUAGAUCUCGUCCAAACUGGGACUUUAGUCAAGAUGAAUGGCAGCGUAUCCGGUCUACAACCAGGACUUCAUGGCUUUCACAUUCAUGAGAAAGGCGAUCUGGGCAAUGGUUGUCUGGCAGCAGGCGCCCAUUUCAAUCCACAUAAAAUGAUGCAUGGAGCUCCUGAAGACUCGAAUCGACAUGUUGGUGAUCUCGGAAACAUCGAGACUCCGGUGAGUGGCAUCUCCCUCAUGCUGCUUUGUUAUGCCCACAUAUUAUUCUCCUACCUUCUUACGAUAUCUGUGCAACCUACUUUUGUAUAUUGCCGGAGUAGGCUUCAAAAGAAAGAAGGGUAG